CACCGAUCGGGAAAAACAAAAAAGUUGAAACAGAGGAAUAGAAAUUUCUCAUCUCUCUGUCUCUCCGAUGAUGUCCUCCAACCCCGCCCCGCCUAUCCUCCCCAUCUCCCACCCGAUCGCCGGUGACGCCGACGCUGCUCCGAUCUCCAGCCCCUCUUUCAGCGUCUUCCUUUCCCACCUCUCCGACUCCCUCCGCCGCUCCCUCUCCGAGCUCCGCCCUUGGUCGGAACUCGCUGACCGCUCCGCCUUCUCCCGCCCCGACUCCCUCGCCGACGCCUCCUCUCGCCUCCGCAAGAACCUCACCUAUUUCCGCAUCAACUACGCCGCUAUUGUCGCUGCCGUCGUCGCCGUUUCCCUCGCCACCAGCCCCUUCUCCCUCAUCGUCCUCCUCGCCCUCCUCACCGUCUGGUGCCUCCUCUAUCUCUUCCGACCUUCCGAUCCGCCCCUCGUCCUCUUCGGUCGGGCCAUCUCCGACCGCGAGACCCUCGGCGGCCUCGCCAUACUCUCCGUCCUCGUCGUCUUCCUCACCUCCGUUGGAUCCAUCGUCGUCUCCGCCAUCAUGGCAGGCGCCGCCCUCGUCGUCGCCCACGGGGCCUUCCGAAUCCCGGAGGAUUUGUUCCUAGAUGAGAAGGAGCCCGACGGGUCCUCGGGAUUCUUGCCCUUCCUUGGCGGUGCUAGACCGACCACGACCACAGCCUCGUCCGACCCAGCCAUCAUCGCGGCCCGCGUUUGAUGUAAUUUGGUGAUAGUUUGUUUUAAUUAUAUUUAUAAAUGGUUUUUUUUUAAUUUUUUUAUAUUCUUUAUACUGUGUUGGAUUUACCUAUACCAUAGGUUAACAUUGCCGUUGAAUACAUCAUUUAAAAAAAUUAAUUGAAA